UCUUAGCCUCCGCCGUUUCUCAUCUUCACUGUAAACAAAUCCUCUAGGGUUCGACGUUUUGGGCUUCGCAGCCAUCGGUGACCCCGUCCGUCGCGCCGCCCGCCCGUCGCAGGUUGUUCCUCUUGCUAUCUACCCAUCACUGCGCAUCUGCUUUUUUCAUCUCUUCCGAGUAAUUGCAAAGAUUGGCUCUGUUGCCUGUGUGCUUGUGCCCUUCAACUUUCCUCUUCAGAUCUGGUCGGUGUCCACCGGUGGCAGAGAUGGAUGAGAUGGGAAACAUGAGGUGGUGCAACACGGACGGCAGAAUCUUCUACCCGAACGAAGCAUCAAUGAUUGAAAAGGAAAGACCAGCUUGGCUCACGUGGACUCUUGGGGGGAACUGUGUAUUUGUUGAAGGAUCAUGGGAUAAAUGGACCAGCAGGAAAAUUAUGAAGAGGGCAGGAAGUGCUUACCAUCUUUGUGUUUUCCUCAAGCCUGGUGUAUACCGCUACAGGUUUAUUGUAGACCAAGAACCAAGAUAUAAUCCUCACCUUCCAUCAGAGACCGAUGCCAAGGGCAACACCGUCAAUAUUCUUGCGGUUGAUGCGCAACAUUGGCUACCAGCCUCGCAGGCGGUUGUAGCCACUCAGCUGGGUACUCAGGUGGUUGUCUCUAGCGUCUCUGGGUUGUGGGGAGGAGCGCAGGCACAUCAACCUCCAGGGGUCGUUGCUGCACUUCCAGUUCAUAACCAGGCAUCAUCGAGUCAGAAGGGACAACCGGCUUGGCUCACUUGGACUCUUGGGGGUGUUUGUGUAUUUGUUGAAGGGUCCUGGGAUGAAUGGACCAUGCGUCAGCAACUGAGGAUGGUAGGAUGUGAUUACCAUGUUUGCUUAUUUCUCGCUCCCGGUGUAUAUCGCUACAGAUUUAUUGUAGAUGGGGAACCAAGAUUUAAUCCUGACCUUCCAUCUGAAAUCAAUGACAACGACACUAUCGUAAAUAUCCUCGUGGUUAAUGGUAAUGCACUAGAUGCUAACAGGGAGAUUCUGACGAUUGAUCAUGUUGAUGGUAUGGAGGCAGUUCCAUUGAUGGAUUUUCUUAGAGAACAAGAACCGGUGGUGCCUUUCCAUUUCAACGCAGGUGCUAUAGUUGGUAAUAUCGAUUCUGAAAUGACUAUGUACCAGUGCACCAGUAUGGGAACGAAACUACUGAAUGGGUUUUUUGCACAUGCAAAUAAAUUCUAUCAGAGAGGGCUCAGUUGGGGGGGUGAAUUUGAAGAGAAAGAUAUGGUAGUAGUAGAUGGAGUGCUUUGUAAAAUCAGAAAAAGACCCCAGCACCCUCUUACAUAUGCAAACUUGAAGCUUGAUCUCAGUAAGCUAAAACAGAAUUUGCUAUCCAAGUUCGGAAGAGGCGGACGAUUUCCACCAUACUUUGCUCAUUUUUGUGAGCUUUUGGAUAAUCCCUGCAUUGAUUUUGAUAGAAGUGAAGAUUCAAAGGUCAGAUACUUAAAGAAAGUUAUGAAUCAUGCAGCCUUGGCUACUCCGUCUCGCAGAAUGUUGGCACUUACGAGUAUAGGUCGGUUCCUUCAAAAUCUAAGCAGUAAUGAGUUGAAGUUUUUUGAUAAUAUAUUCAAGACCCUGGUGGUGAAAAACCCUCUGGAACCUACCUGGAUUGAUGUUGCUCGCAGCGACAGGCUUCUGGACCUUGUCUAUCAGAGCUAUAUCAGGGUCAAACCGAAUGAGAAUGGGAGCCCUACAGCACUGAAUAUGAUAUCAUUUUUGCAACAUGUCUUUGUACAUGCAUCUGAAAAAACAUCGGAUUCCAGCAAUCAGCAAAUUCUUCAAACAUAUACCGAACUUGAUCAAAUCAUUGCAUAUUACUUUAAAGAGUUUUUAGCAAUGUUAUUGGCCAUCAUUGGGGAGGCCUGUGACCAGCACCCAUUAUUGAAAGCCACCUGGGAAUGCUAUUCUUCUGGAACUCAAUUAUUUGAGCAGAGAUGAAGUCAGGUUGAUUAGAAGAGAUGUGCAUUUGGUGGCCAAAUGGAUUGGUUUUGAAUGCCUGGGCAAAUGUGAACUGUUAGCUAUGUGGGCUUUGUGACGCAUCUUGUUUCACUGCUCGUUACCUUGGUUAAUUUCGUGUUUUGGUCUGUGAUGUGCUCUUUGGUUUGUUCAAAGGAUCCUAUGAACAUUGAUGUUUUUCUCCCUAUGGGUGUGGUA